AUGCGAGAACGCAAUUGUUUGCUGACAGACCGGCACAUAUGUAGUGUCGAUUUAACAUCGUUAUACAAUCUUCGAUAUAAACAAAUCAAUGCCAAAUGUUUUCCUGGUGUGAAAUCGUUAAUUGAACUAAUUCUUUUGAACGGUGAUCGAUUUUAUCAACAACGAUUGUCGUUAUAUUCGACGUACAUUUGUUCUAACCAUCUUCAAGCCGUUUCAAAAGAAUAUUCUGUGUCGUCGUAUAGAAAGUGUUGGUUGUGUGCGUCUUUGAACAAACCAUUACCUAACAAAUCAGAACGUAAUAUCUCGCCUAGCCAAGCUUUGACGAUUUACGAAAGCUUUGGAUUUCAUCAUUCUUAUGGAAAGACUAUAUGUUCAACAUGCCGUCACCUUGUUUCAACGCAUUCGAAUGCAAAUCGUAUUGCGAAACAUGAGAGUAUUUUCAAAUGGAUUUUAGACUGUGAAAUCAGUGAUGAUGAAUACGACGACGAUAUUAGAAGUGAUCUUUAUGAAUAUCCUAUGAUGCAUUCAUCACCGGAAAGCGUUGAUUAUAAUAGUGCAAUCGAAUUACACAAAGAAAAACGUUCCGUACUUAAUCAAUUUUUGAAGCUAUGUGGUUCUCAGAGAGUAGUUAGAACCACUCAUAACUACGAUGAUCUUAAACGUCAAUCAAAAGCCAAUUUUCUUACUUCUGCGCGUCAUUUAUUCCAGCAUAUUAUUCAAUUUUUGGUAACAGAAAAUUCCACCGAUUUUACGGAUGAACUCUUUUCUUCAAACGACGCUUCCGACAAAAAACUGUAUGAUCGUCAGUUAGUACCCGUUAUGAACGGUAUUGCUGAGGCUUAUAACAACGCCGAGGAUACAUCAACAAAACGAUCCAUUUUGUCCAUCGUUGCACCAAAGGUGAAGUUUUCACUUUUAGAAAGUUUCAUUCCUGGUUUGACACAUUAUCGAUUUACAGCGGCUCGUCUCCAUGCUGCUAAUAAACAUGCAGGCGCAAUAGUAACGAAACCACGGCGUGUUAUUUAUCGAUACGAGAUUGAACAAGUCGAUCAUUUCAUAGAUUUUAUUCUUAGUAAUUACAUUUGUACGGACAUCCCAUUUGGUGAGCGUACGAUGGCUUUAUCUGAUGGAACGAAAUUGCUAGUUCCUGAUACAAUUCGAAAUUAUAAUUCAACACGUGUAAUUGAACAAUAUUAUAAAUACGGUGGAGAACUCUUUCCGGAUUUGCCACUUCUUCAUGAUUCCACUCUAUUUAAAAUAUUAAAGGCAUGCAAAGCCUCGACACGACGUGCUGUGGCAGGAUUAAACUACUUUGUUGCCAAUGGUACCGAAGCUUUUGAUGAGUUAUUUGAAUUGGUUAACUCCUUGAAUCUUGAUUCAAACGACCAACGCCGUAUCCAAGGUGGUCUUAAACGAGGCAAGCAGUAUCUAAAAACCGAUUUUAAACUAAACGUAGUGAGAAACUCUCAUGUACCUGACUAUUGUAUUUGUUAUUCUUUAAAUGAUCCAAUGUCAGAUGAAUUUUCAGAACCGUGUAAAGAUCAUAAUCAUGAUCAGGUGUGCGCAGAAUGCACAUAUCUAGCUCAAACAUUGCAAGAUAUUCAUCAAACCAUUGUUGACUCUACAACUGAUGUUGAAGAAGUUCCGAGAAAGCUGCAUACAUUCAAUCUGGCGUGUGACAAUAUACAAGCUUGGAAGUGUCAUCAAUUACGUUCAGUAAAUCAAGAUUUAGGAAGGGAUUGUAUACUGAAUAUCAUCGGCGAAGACGCAGUCUACCUCAAUCUGGAUUUUGCGAUGAAGUGGCUUCCUGCCAAGUAUCGCGAACCACAAACGGAUUUCUUUGGAAAACGUGGCAUUUCGUGGCACAUAACAGUCGUCUCACGUAAGAAAGAAAGUCAAUCAAAUGUUACUAACAUAAACAGUGAAUCCGCACAAGAAAGUAAUAUGGCAAUCAGUGGCUGUGAACAAGAUUUAACAGAUGAGGAAGGUGUGGACCCACAUGAUCUGCAUUCAUCAAGCUUGAAAGAUUUUGAUCACACGGUAUUCGUUCACGUAUUUGAUCAAUGCGUACAAGACAGUAAUCUUGUUGUUGCAAUAAUUGCCGAUGUCUUAUUCAGACUAAAAGCAUAUGAUCCAUCAAUUGAACAAGCAUGCUUGCGAACCGACAAUGCUGCGUGCUAUCAUAGUGCACUAACGGUUUUAUCGAUGCCUACUGUAUCCGAUCAGUCAAAAAUCUCGAUUCGAAGAUUAGAUUUUGCUGAUCCACAAGGCGGAAAAGGUUCUAGUGAUCGUUUUGCUGCAGUUAUCAAAUCGCACGUUAGGCGUUAUCUCAACGAAAAGCAUGAUGUUACAAAUGCAGAAGAAUUUGUAGAAGCUUGCCGCUCAUAUGGUGGUGUGAAGAAUGUUAAUGUUGUCCAAUGUAAAUUCACACCAACUGUCCAACCAAUGAAAUUCAAGUUUAAUAAUAUAAGAAAAUUUCGAAACUUUUGCUACGAACGACAUGGUAUUCGAGCAUUUCGAGCGUGGAGCGUUGGUGAAGGUCAACUAUUUCCGUAUCACAAACUACUACCUGGAACUGUUAAAAUCGGUUUAAUGGAAUUAAUAAAUCCAUCUCAACUCAUUGUAUUUGGCUCAACCAUUCAAACUUCGAUAUCUGCAAAAACUUCGCGGGACUCUAAAACAAUCGAUCAUUUAUCCACCAAUGAUAAUAAUAACAAUCCUUUUCAAUGUCCAGAAGAAGGAUGCGUACAUUCGUUUUUCAAAUAUGGCAACUUGAUGAGGCAUCUUGCGAUAGGGGAUCAUCGGAAAGAACCCGAAAGGUUCACAUUGAUAGAUACCGCAAAGAAAUUGUAUCAUGCCAAAUUACUAACAGCAGAAAAUAAACGAAUGAUACCAUUGUCGGUUGAAAGCAUUACCUUCGAUUCAAGUAACUUUGAUGAAGUAUCUGCUCUUGAGAUGGGAUGGGGUCUUCCAACAGCGCGUGCACCGAUCAGAUACACGAUCAAGCAAAAACAAUUUUUACAAGAGAAAUUUAAUGAUGGAUUGGUCAAUGGUCGUUUCUGGAAACCGGAGACGGUGGCAAAAGCAAUGCAACAGCUUAAAGCCGGCAAUGGUAAAUAUGUAUUUGCACCUAAUGAAUGGUUAACCACAAGCCAAAUACGUAGUUAUUUCUCACGAAUGAAAAAAAAUCAAACUCAAACAACUGAACAAUCGUUUUCAACUACUCGAGCAAUCCCUACAUUUCUUGAUUUAGAAGGGGAUAAUGAAGAAGAUAUCGACGAGGAGUCUUAUGCAGAGGAAUUUUUCAAAGAUGAUACAGCUAUUCAAGAAGCCGUUGAGAGAGAUACUUUUCUUAAAGAAGCAAGUCGCUCGACCUAA